AUGAGCUCGGCUCGCGAUAUUGAGGCGUGGAAUCUUUGCUUCGAUUUCACGCUCACAAACGCACCUCAUGUCUCCGGAGGCCACGAACCGACCGCAGAAACGCGUCCGAUUGUCCCGCGCGUGCAACAAAUGUCGAUCUCGGAAGCGAUCGACCCGCCAGAGCCAAGUCCCGACGUAAUCAUUAAUAGAGCGGAAAACCGUAACGUGCAUCACGCAGAGAAGCCUCCGACGGUUGGAGCUAAUGUGCCCUCGAUAUCAGCGGACAAUGGCCAGAGUCCUGGAUUUGCUGUGAAUACCGUGAGCGCCACUGAACGAAAAUAUAUGGGCUCGACCAGUCUGCAAGUCUUCUCGCAAUGGCUGGAUAUGACCUUUCACGUGUUACCCGCAGGCCUCACAAGCUCUUUCCAGCAUGGCAUGCGGUUUUGUGAGGAGAUGGAUCUUCCUGAAGACCUCCACAUGCCUCCAAUCCCUGCUGAGUGGCACAAAUACAUCAAUGCGUUCUUCACUGGUGUCGGGAAGGUGUUUCCAAUCGUGUCUAAGGAGACUAUAAAUUCAUGUGCGCAGUACAUGUGCCAGCAGGAUCCCAGAUCCUUGCCGAGUCGUCAAAGACCACUUAUCGCGUCAGUUUAUGCUUGCUUAGCUGUCGGCGCCGAUUCCCUAGGAUCUACUGCUCAAGGACUCGAUUAUGCCACAGCAGCAUACUCGCUGUAUGCCUACCUCGUUGCCCGGCCUUAUUUACAGUCCGCGCAAGCUCUGCUUCUCAUUUGCUUGGCAUUACGGGGUCGUAACAAGGAUGGCGCAGGUUCGCAAGCUCUAGGACAAGCCAUUCGUAUACUGCAUACUCUUGGCCUCCACCGAAGAUUAAGUGGCUACGGCAGCCUGAAUGGGGAGCAAACCGAAGCUGUAAGGUUGGGUGUUUAUACUUGGUGGAGUGCCUACUGUCUUGAUCGCAUCAUGAGUCUUGAAAGUGGUCGUCCUCCACUGGUCCAGGACGAAGACAUAGACCAGGUCAGAGUCCUGCAGCCAAGCGGGGUCCAGGAUCUCGAGCCUUUGCAAGCUUUGCUCGACCUAGGGACUAUACAAGGCAGUAUAUGCAGACAUUUAGCAACCAUAAAGCUCCCGACUAUUGCAGCGGUACUCGAUGCUCAGUCCCGCUUGGAUCAGUCUCUACUCAAAUGGCAAGGAGCCCUACCCCACGAUUUGCGUUGCGACGGAGACAUCACAAUCAACGGUAUGAACCUGGCUGUUCCUAGAGCUUUCUUAGCCAUACAAUUUCACACAACGAUGAUCAACCUCCAUAGAGCGGCACUCCUCAUGGACAAGGAUAUCCAUCAGACCAAUCUCGCUCGCUACAAUCUAAGCUCAAAUCGCUUAGCUUCUAGUGAAUCGAUUUGCGCCAACUCUUCUCGAGCUAUCAUUACGGCAUUCCUGCAGGUCAGGGACAUUACACGACAUUCCAGACUUCAGACGAUGACUGGACCACUUAUGGCUAUCUAUGUACUGUCCAUCAACACGCUCAAGAAUCCGACUUCCUGGUCUGCACGAUCUGAUGUUGGUCUGAUCUAUUCCGCUGCGGAAGCCGUCGAACAAGUGUACACAGCUGAUGGUCAAGACCCUGCGUUUUACACACUUUUGAAGACGCUGAAGCAACUUGCGUCUCAAGACACCUUGUCACCGAAAGGCCUGACCAAUUCCAGAGCGCCAACAAGGAGGACUUCGCCGCAAACCAAUCAGUCGCGUACGGGACCAUCGUCGGAAUCAAUCAAUCGAGGUUAUGAGAUGAAUGGUGUGCAGCUAAAUCAUAUGCUUGAUCAUAAUCUUUCGGAUGAGUGGGACACACUUUUUCCACGACUAUACGUGGGCGACUUUGCUCUGGACGCUGAAGCAUUUGAAGGCAUGGAUAUAGAACACCUCAUGGGUAUACCUCAUCUGGCUUUCGACGAGCCUCAUUGA